AGCGUGCAGUAUUAGUGGCAGCAUCACUUUCUCUCCGUGUCCCAUGGCAUCUGUUCUUGUCCCAGUUGUCUAUAUCGCCAUUGUCCUUGGCAGCUUGCUCAUUUUCAGUCGCAUCUACCGGAAGCGGGCAGCAGGCAGACGACUUGACCCGUACUUCCCUUCACAUCCCGAACGCGAUCUUUAUGUCACUCUCCUUGGAAAAUCAGAUCCCCCCGCACAUGAUAGUCUUCUCAAGGCCGCCCUUGUCCGUCGGGCAAUGACGGACGUUCAACGUGUCAUGCGUCUUCGUGAAGACAAACCUGCGCUCCAGAACUUGUUGCAGAAAGGCUCAAUUGGUGAUGACCUCUGGAACAGUCUCUUGGCCGCAGAAAAAGAGCUUGAGGCAGAAGUCGUUGAGGUUGUAUCGGAGGCAAACACUUUCGUAGAGGGAUGGGGCCAAAUUAUCUUUCAGACGGCAAACGAGAUGCUAGCCAACGAGAAGAUGCGUGCCGUGUUUGAAGACACCGACACAUGCAGACAACGAAAAGAAGAGCAAUACGGCAAAGUUGGUGCCAAAGUCGAUAUCCCUAAGCUCCAGCCUGUUAUAAUGCCUGGCCCACCUCCUCCCGGUGCGCCAGGUGCGCCAGGUGCACCGGGCCAGGGAAUUCAGAUUCCCCCAACGCUUCUUAACCCUUCGAAAGGCGCCCUAGCACCCAAGCCCUCUGACACCCCAUCAUUACCCCCCACUUCGCCCACCAAGGCCACGUAGACCUUAACAUAGAUUCGUCCCACCGUCACUUCUGGAAGCUUUCCUGUAUUUAUCAUGUUGCGUGGUGGACAAUUGAAUAAGC